AUAUGUGUUGACCAUUCAUUCUUUUUCCUAUUUAGCUGGUCUUCAUGACUAAUUAUACAUCUCACAUUCUAAUUUUCAUUGCCUAAGAUUGCAAUUUCAAACUAGGAGAGGAAAAAACGGGUCAAAACAAAAAUUUCGACCAUCCACAAAUAAUGGGAGACAUUAGAACCUCAAAGAACAAACAGAAAAAAUAAACAGAAACUAGUUUGAUCCAUUAUUUAUUUUAGUAUAAAAUGCAAGUCCUUCUUCAUUGCAAACACACCAUCACCUUUAAUUAAAGUAAAUUAAUUUUCAUAUACUCAUACCAACAAUAUCAAGAACAAUGGCAAAGUCUACAAUCCCCCUUGUCUUCACCCUUUGCUUUUUAUCCUUCUUAGGUUCGGCUUAUUCCAAGUCUGAUCGCUUCUUUGUAGAAGGUGUUGUUUACUGUGACACAUGUCGCACCCAAUUCAUCACCAGAUUGACCGAGUUCAUUGAAGGUGCAACGGUGCGUGUGGAAUGCAAAGAAGAUAAUGGAACAUUGACAUUCAACAAAGAAGCAACAACAGAUAAAUCAGGAAAAUACAGUGUGGAGAUAGAUGGAGACCAUGAAGAUGAAACAUGUGAAGUUAUUCUUUGCAAGAGUCCAAGGAAAGAUUGCUCAGAGGUUGACUCAGAAGCUCACCUACAACAAGCUGCUAGGAUCAGUGUCACAAACAACAACGGAAUUGUGUCCCCAGUUCGUGCUGCUAGCCCUCUUGGUUUCCUUAAGAAAGAGCGUCUACCUAAAUGUGGUGAGGUUCUCAAAGAACUUGGGAUUAAUGAAGAUGGAACUGAAAAGGAGGACUAGAUAGCUCAACCUUAUGUCCUUUGCCCACAUUAAUAAUUAGGGUUCUUAUGUGGGAUUAAUAAUGGAAGCUUUUAUGUAUGUACCUUUGGAGGAGUUAUACUAGAUUUCAUGACCCUCAAAGGAUAUUCCUUUCAUUUUUAUUUUCUCUAGUUUGUCAUGUUUAAUAAUGUACGAUUCAUCCCAAUCUAUUUUAGGGUUUGGUAACUAGUGCCCUAAAACAUUGGUUAAGGAUUUUAUUAGUAGAAAUUUUGCUUGGAAAUUCAAGUUUUUACUUUUAUCUUAAUAAUAAUUACACAAUUUUUAUUUCAAA